CAUAUACGUUAACGUAAUUUUUCAGGAUAUGGCCAAGAAAGAGGCAGUCUAGUGACUAAGUUAUAUAACAAUCACUGGCAAGCGUUAGAUGUAAUCUUAUUAGAAAAUAUUCCAUGGUACUUGCUGGUUUACCUACAUUCCAUUACGAUAACAUGUAAUAAGCAACAAGUACGUCCAUUAGCGCAACGUUAUUUACCUGGAAGGGAGAGGAAAAGCCCGUACUAUUUAGAAUUAAUCCUGCGCUUGCCGCCGCACUCGGUGACGAAAAUCACUGUCGACAUGGAUUACUUAUUCCUCAAGUGGCAGGAAUAUCCGCCGGACGCUAAUCACGGUUUUUAUAUGGGACCGGCUAUAAUUACAGCCUUAUUGCCCAUAGCUAGAAAUUACACUGCUUUGCCGCUCGAUGGAAGUACAAUCACUUCAAGUUUUAACGCUUCACGGGACGAUUAUCUAGUACAAUUGCGGACAGAGUCCCUGCUCAUCAGUCUUCCGACUCCCGAUUUCAGUAUGCCUUAUAAUGUCAUAUGCCUUGCUUGUACAGCUGUCGCGCUAGCAUUCGGUCCGCUUCACAACAUUUCCACGAAGCGACUGGUUUUAAAACGCAUUGAAAAGGACUGGAAAGGUAAAGUAUUCUCCUUUUUUGUAAAAAUAUUCGGAGCAAAGAAAAAACAAGACUAAAACUGUAAACAAACUGUAUGUAUUAUAAACGCGUAUAGACUGUAUCUCUCUUGCGAAUAAAUAUAUUCAUGUACUUCCCCAUGAAUAAUAAACAAUUUUAAUAGUAAACAGAUUAAAAA